ACUCCCGCCCCACACCUCGGCCUCGCCCUACACCGCUGCUCCGCCCCGCGUCUCGCCCCACCCUGCCCCGGGCCCUGCCCAGCGCCUCGGCCCCGGACUGAAUUCCGCCCAUCCCAGUGGCUGCUCUAGGAAAAGUCUGCGGAGACUAGAACCCCCAGGCCCCAGCAGCUCCAGGAGGAAACAUGGCCGCCCUGACUACGGUCGUGGCGGCUGCGGCGGCCACCGCGGUAGCUGGGGCGGUUGCGGGGGCGGGCGCGGCCACCGGGACCAGCGUGGGAGCGUCGCCCGCGCCGCAACAGAAUGAUGGCUGUUUUAGUACUUCGGGUGGAAUUCGUCCUUUUCAGCUUCAAAAUUGGAAGCAGAAAGUUAGUCGGACUAAGAAAGCAGAAUUCAUACGCACAGCAGAAAAAUUUAAAAAUCAAGUUAUUAUCAUAGAAAAAGAUAAACACAGUCAUUUCUACAACCAGAGAAGUGACUUCAGAAUUGAGCAUAGUAUGCUGGAAGAAUUGGAAAAUAAAUUGAUUAACAGCAGGAAAACAGAAAGAGCAAAAAUCCAGCAACAAUUGGCCAAAAUACAUAACAAUGUGAAGAAACUUCAGUAUCAGUUAAAAGAUGUGAAGCCUACACCUGAUUUUGUUGAAAAGCUCAGAGAAAUGAUGGAAGAAAUUGAAAAUGCAAUUAAUACUUUUAAAGAAGAACAGAGACUUAUAUAUGAAGAGCUUAUUAAAGAAGAGAAAACAACGAAUAAUGAGUUGAAUGCCAUAUCAAGAAAAAUUGACUUAUGGGCUUUGGGUAAUUCAGAAACAGAGAAAGCUUUCAGAGCAAUCUCAAGCAAAGUUCCUGUAGACAAAGUGAUACCAAGUACUCUUCCAGAAGAAGUAGUAGAUUUUGAAAAAUUCCUUCAGCAAACAGGAGGGCGACAAGGGGGUUGGGAUGACUAUGAUCACCAGAACUUUGUAAAGGUGAGAAACAAACAUAAAGGGAAGCCAGCAUUUGUGGAAGAGGUUCUUGAAUACCUUCCAGGAAGAACACAGGAUGAAGUUCAGCAGCAUGAGAAUUGGUAUCAAAAAUUUCUGGCUUUAGAGGAAAGAAAAAAAGAGUCUAUUCAGAAUUGGAAAAGUAAAAAGCAGCAAAAAAGGGAGGAAAUUUUCAAGUUAAAAGAAAAGGUAGACAACAUACCUGUGCCCUUUCAUAAUAAACCAGACGAUAAUCAAAAGCAAAAAGAAGAACAAAGAAAGAAACAGAAAUUGGCAGUUGAAGCUUGGAAAAAACAGAAAAGUAUAGAAAUGUCAAUGAAAUGUGCUUCUUCCCAAUUAAAAGAAGAGGAAGAGAAAGAGAAAAAGCAGCUGAAAGAACGCCAACGCCAGUUUAAACUAAAAUUACUACUAGAAAGUUAUACCCAGCAGAAGAAAGAACAGGAAGAAGUUUUGAAGCUUGAAAAGGAGAUAAGAGAAAAGGCAGAAAAGGCAGAAAAAAGGAAAACUGCUGCUGAUGAAAUUUCCAGGUUUCAAGAAAGAGAUUUACAUAAACUUGAAUUGAAAAUUCUAGACAGACAGGCAAAGGAAGAUGAAAAGGCAGAAAAACAAAGAAGAAUGGCAAAAUUAAAAGAGAAGGUUGAAAAUAAUGUUAGUAGAGAUCCCUCUAGGCUUUACAAACCUACCAAAGGUUGGAAAGAGCGAACCAAAAAGAUAGGACCAACAGGCUCUGGGCCACUUCUACAUAUCCCACAUAGGGCUAUUCCAACCUGGAGACAAGGAAUAUAGAAAAUGUGAGAUAACUGAAUUGCUAUUUAUGUUUCGAGGAUAUUAGCAUAUUCAGUUAUACUAAGAGAAUAACUAACCAUAUUCUUUAAAUAUUACUAGCUUAACCAGAUUGAUUAUUGUGCUGUACGUGAAUUGAGAGAUAUUUUUAAGUUUCAUGCAGCAUUGUCAUUAGUAUUUCCUGCUUCUACUAAGAGGACAUUUAAGGUGUAUGUUGGCCUAUUAUUGAUGUAAAAGUUAUUUAAAUAAGUUUAUGUUCAAUCUUUAUUCCAUUUAAAUACUCAAAACAUUUCAAAGUUAUUUUGUUUUUUUGUCAUGUGUAGCAAAAUAAAUUGGGGGUAAUCAUAGACAUUUUUUAAACCAAAAUUUUAUAAUUUUUAUAACUUUGAAGUAAGUUAGCUUAAGUAACAAAAAUAUAAAGUGUCUUUUUUUAAAGAGUUAUGAUAUAACUUAGUAUUUUUUUCUAAGUUUAACAGAUUGUUAGUUUGUCAGUUAUUACAUUUUUGUGUAAUAAACAUUUUGUAUUUGUUUGAAGCAUGCAUUGUUUUAUAUAGAGAAUACUUUUAAAAUAUACCUUGCACCUCAAAUUCCCUAUUAAUUGUAUUAUUGCUAUCAUCCUUUUGAUUUCCUUUAGCUAUUCCCAAUUGCCAUUCACUCUUUCUGAACUUCAUAUGUUUAUAAAAUCUUUGUGUCUUUCACAUCUUACUGGUUAAUGCAGUUUUAUUUCUGCUCUGUUUGCCUCAAAAUAGAAACUUUUUGUUCUGAAAUAUCAUCUGAAAUAAGCCAGCUUUAAAAUACUUUUUUUCUUAGGUAGCAUUUAAAAUGUUUCAAAAUUGCUAGGCAAAUAUAUUGGUCCAAAGAGUUUAUUUUUAAAUUUCUAAACUUUUAUAAAUGAAAACACAAUUUUACUGAAUUCAACUUUUCAUAUUAUAAAAUCUUAGAUCCUAACCCUAAUUAGUUUUCAUCUUAUAGGAAACCUGCUGUAUUCAUAAAACUACCAAAAAGUUGUUUCUUAUAAUUUUAUCUUAAGGUAUCUUUUUUUAAUAUUUAUUUUUUUAGUUUUAGGUGGACACAAUAUCUUUAUUUUAUUUUUAUGUGGUGUUGAGGAUCGAACCCAGCACCCCAUGCUUGCCAGACAAGUGUGCCCCCUCUUGAGCUACAUCCCCAGCCCUUAAAGUAUCUUUUAAUUUUAAUUUGUUACAGAUGGGCUAAAUGACUCAUAGUGGUCAAAACCUUUUCCAGUAUAACAGUUAAUAUUUCAAAGUAUGUAGAUUCCAAAUUUUAGAAAUAGAAUUCUAAUUGUAUAGUUAUUGGUAUUUAUGAGAAAACCAAUUCAAACAAUCUUUAAUUGGAAAUGUCCAUUGUAUUUAUAUUAUUUGUUCCACAUAAGUCUUUUAGAUGAUUUGAAGUAGUUCAAAAAUAAAAUGUGAAAGAUAGGGAAUUUAACAACAGAACUGAACCAGCUACAAGAUACAUAAAAGUAAAUCUUUCUUCCAUUGCUUUUUGUUGUACACAAAUGCAGCAUUCAGUUUCCUACAUUUAAGCUAAGCAUUCUGAUUGAUGUGUUUCUUGUGGCUUUUGUUUAUUUUGGGGUGUUUUGUAUCAGCACUGGAGAUUGAACUCAAGGCCUCAACCAUGCUAAGCACAUGCUUCCCUACUGAGCUAUACUCCCAACCCUGUUCUAUUUUAUUUACCUGUUUAUUUACUUAUUUUUAAUAAAGUAUGGAUGUUUCUCUGAAGAAAAUCAGUCUUUCUGACUGAAUUUGAAGUAAAUGAGGAAUUUGUUAUAUAGAUCCCUGCAUAAAGAAUGUAGGAUGGCAGAGUGCUUGCCUAGCACACACAAGGCUCUGAGUUCAGUCCUCACACUGGGGAAAAAAAGAAUAUAGAUAAACAUAAUCUAAAAUGUAUUUAGUUAUAGGUUCAUUGAUGAGAUGUCAAAUAUACAUUUCUUACCCUGGUUUAAAGUAUAUUAAUAAUAAAUGGAUGGAGUUAGAAUAUCA